AUGAAGGUGAUUGAGGAUGGUGAAAAGAUCGACCUCAGCCAAAAUGAUUGGCCUCUGAAGUAUAAUAAGCUGGAGGAAGACAUGGGGAAUGAAGUGAAACCGCACGAAUUGCAUUGCAUAGAGUUCUUAUUCAAAGACGAGGAGAUCCCGCCAUGGCAAAGCCAACUCACAUUGAGAGCUGUAGUUGCGAGUUGUGCAAUGGGAGCUUUCUUGACCAUUUUUGUCGUCAAGAUGGACCUGAUGUUCGGGAUGAUCCCUCCGGUGAACCUCUUCGCCGGAUUCUUCGGUUUCCUCUUCAUCUCGACAUGGACAAAGUUGUUGAGUGCAGCUGGCUUCCAGGGCCAGCCGUUCACGAGGCAAGAGAACGCUGUCAUUCAAAUAUGCGUUAACGCCAUCAUCAGCAUUGCUUAUAGUGGAGGCUUUGCAAGCUAUCUUUUUGCCAUGAGUGACAUUGUGGCGAAGCAAAUGCCCGGGCCGGUCGAUCCUAGUGACAUAAAGAAUCCCAGCUUCGGGUGGAUGACACUGCUGCUUUUGCUCUCUAGCUCUGCCGGCGUAUUCACUCCGUUGCCUCUUCGAAAUACCAAGAGUGGUGACUGGUAUCCUGCAAAAGUUGCUCCCAGAACUCUCAGCGGCCUCCAAGCUUAUAAGGUCUUCAUUGGCCUCUCCAUCAUAAUUGGUGAUGGAGUCUACAACCUGAUAAAGAUAAUUGUUGUUGGGUUGCUCAAGCAUAAAAACAAUUCUGCUUUGCCUGUUGCUGCGAACUCCUUCACUGGAAACACCCCUGCCUCCUAUGAUGAAGAGGUCAGAUCCAAAGCCUUCCUCAAGGACCAAAUUCCAAAGAGAGUGGCGAUCGGCGGCUAUGUCGUGAUAGCUACUAUAUCCGUAGCAGUAUUGCCAUUCAUCUUCCCUAGUCUCAAAUGGUACCAUGUGUUGACCCUGUACCUGAUAUCCCCACUAUUAGGAUUCUGCAGAGUCUACGUGACCGCUUUAACCGACAUGUCCGUAUCGUCGGUUCUUGGGAGGAUGGCCAUCUUAAUCUUUGGUUCGUGGACUGGAAUGUCCAGCGGCAGUGUCCUAGCCGGGCUCGCUGCUUGUGGGGCACUGAUGCAUCUUGUGGAUGCAGCUUCCAAUAUGAUGGAGACCUUCAAACUAGGGUACAUGACACUUUCCUCCCCCAAAUCUCUCUUCUUGAGCCAACUGAUUGGGACUUUAGUGGGCUGCUUGGUCUCCCCUUACAUCUUCUUGUACUUCAAGAACCACUACCCAAAUGGAUUUGGUACGCCUGAUUCCAUGUUCCCAGCUUCCUGGGCCAGCAGUCAGAGAGCCGCUGCCAUGCGCGCCACAAAUGGGUUCUCGACACUGCCAAAGCAUUGCCUCAGUCUUUCUCUUGCAUUCUUUUUCGUGGCCAUUCUCGUCAGCUUGCUCAGAGACUCGAUGCCGAAGAAGUGGAAGCAUUUGAUACCGAUACCGAUGGCUUUCGCCGUGCCGUUCAACGUUGGAGCUUAUCUCAGCAUUGACAUGUGCGUUGGGUACUUGGUGUUCUACCUGUGGAGGAGGAAGAACAAGGCCCAAGCUGAGGCAUUGGCUCCUUUUGUUGGGUCUGCACUGAUGUUUGGUGAUGGGCUGUGGUGGUUUCCUAGUACCAUACUCAGGAUGAGGAACAUAAUUGCACCAAUGUGCAUGAGGUUUCUGUCCAAGGAGAUGAGUGCUCAAGUUGAAAAUUGCCUCAAUGGUGGUUCUUAA